AUAGCAGCACCACUCCUGAACUGACCAAUCACAUGGCUUUGUGAGAGAAUGACUUGUCCAGGUAAGCCCAGGACACCCAGACAUAGGACAAGCAGUCAGCCAGCCAGCCAGCACAAACAGCCAACAGUGUCUGAGCCGGUCUGCUACCACAGAGGGAUGACCGCUCCGAGAACCACACAACACUAACACCGAGGGAAAGGAAACUUUGCAACAGGACAAUGGAGAUGAACAAACUCAGAGUUUCUCCGCAGCAUCAAAUGAACUGUGCGUGAGGCGGACAGCACCUACAGCCACUGGCGAGCGGCGAGCCUGUCUCUCUCUCUCUGCGUCCCUCUCUGUGUUUCUCUGCGUGCUCUGUGCCGGGUGAGUUUUUCCCCGAGCCACAACUGAGGCACUGGACCUGCUGAGGAGUGACCGGCGCGGGCGCAGGAGGCAGAGGAGGACCGGCCCCCUAGGCGAGCGGUUCGACCCCAGCGGGGGCAGGAGAAGCCGCAGUCGGGGCAGGAGAAGCCGGAGCCGGAGCCGGAGAGUCACCCGGAAGUUUGGGGAGCGUCUCCGCGGCGUCAUGCGUACGGCACGGCGGGCGAGCGCCGUCGAGGUGCCGUCUUUCUUGCGCCAGCUGGCGCGCGAGACCGAGCGCAUGGUCACCUUCUUCUUCCGCAGCGGCAUCGGGUCGCCGCGCGACAGCAGCGGAGAGGACGAGGAGGACGACGACGGCGGCAUGCCCAGCCCUUACCUGGACCGGCCCGUGCUGACCAAGCACACGGCCGAGGGCGGCAACAGGUGGGGUACGAAUUACGCCAUGGCGGGCAUGCAGGGCUGGAGGGCGCAGAUGGAGGAUGCCCACGCCUGUGAGCCCGAGCUGGACGGAGAGCUGGAGGAGUGGGGCUACUACGGCGUGUUCGACGGGCACGCGGGCACCACGGUGGCGCAGUUCUGCGCCCGCAACCUGCUGCAGCACAUCAUGGCCACGGAUGGCAUUAAGGCGGAGGAGGACCCCGUGCAGGUGAAGGAGGGGAUCCGCGAGGGUUUCCUGGCCAUCGACCGGAGCAUGCACGAGAUGGCGCGGCGCGAGACCUGGGACCGCAGCGGCUCCACGGCGACUGCGGUCAUGGUCUCGCCGCGGCACAUCUACUUCAUCAACUGCGGUGACUCGCGCGCCCUGCUGUGCCGCUCCGGCCGCGUCCACUUCUACACGGAGGACCACAAGCCGUGCAACCCACGCGAGCGCGAGCGCAUCCAAAACGCUGGCGGCUCAGUGACGCUGCAGCACGUCAACGGCUCGCUGGCCGUCUCGCGUGCCCUCGGCGACUUCGACUUCAAGGAGGUGGGAUGGCGUGCACAGACCGAGCAACUGGUGUCGCCCGAGCCCGAGGUCUAUGAGCUGGAGCGCUCCGACGAUGAUGAGUUCCUCGUGGUGGCCUGUGACGGCGUCUGGGACGCCCUGAGCAACGAGGACCUGUGUGCCUUCGUCCACUCCCGUCUGGAGGUCUGCGAUGACCUGCGAGAGGUCUGCACGCAGGUCCUAGACCUCUGCCUCUACAAGGGCAGUCUGGAUAACAUGAGCAUCAUUAUCAUCAGCCUCCCUGGCGCCCCCCAUGUUUCACAAGAUGCACUGCAGCGUGAGGCCGAGAUGGAACAAAUCAUUGAUGUGAAAGUGGGAGAGGCUAUCCAGCUCCUUCAGUCCAGAGAUGAGGAACCUGAUCUGCUCUUUGUCAUGAAGUUCCUGACGGCCGAAUACAUCCAAGGGCUGCCACCAGGGGGAGGCAUCACAUGCAAGAGAGACUGCAUAAUAGCUUCGUAUCAGAAACACGCGGCCGCAUGCAAGGCUCAAGAGCCCAUGGACACUGGAGGCUCCGAUGAUUCCAACCAGAGCAACUAGAGGCAGUUCCCCUGGAAACAGGAUCAGAGGCAUCAUGUUUCCAUGGCGACAUUUUCUAUGCUGUUAAUCCACAGAUUUUCAGCUGACACCAGAAAAAAAUUCUCCAAAAAAAAAAAAAAGAAACAAAAAAUAAAGAGCAGCCAACUUGUACCAGAGAGCGACAUUGCCAACAAACCACUGAUACCACUGGUGCAUCCACUUCACACAUAACACUGGGCCUCCCCACAGCCUCGCACUCCAAUAGAAGACUAACCUGUCUUAAAGCUCAGUGCCUGUUUAGUAGUAGGUCUGUGACCACCGCAGACAUAACACACACACACACACAUAACACACAAACAUAACACACACAGAUAACACACACACACACACACACACACACACACACACACACACACAUAACCACCACCUGUAGUCUGUCAGCACACUGCUGUGCUUUGUCUCUGUAAAAGCACCUCUGAUCUGAACCCCUCACACUGGCCCCAUCCUGCUACAGCUAACGCUUCAACCAAAGGACUAUUGAGCAGCACAGUCUUGCGUCCUCAGACAUACAGUAGGAGGGAGACGUGCUACUACUGUAGCAAGACAGCUUAGACCCCUGGGAGCUCUUAACACUCUCCUAAGGUGCAGGAGAGGUGGUGCAGCUACUCCUGCAGAGCUUGACCGGUGCCUGUUUAGCACCAUUACACGUACACACACUCAACAAAUUAAUCUACACUUAACUUUGACACCAAGCUGCGAUGUUUGGAGAUAGAGUAACAGACUAGCACACAUGUUAUAGGGGUAAUGGGGUGGGGGGAUAAUUACGUUUAAAGCCUCACACAGGGUAAACACUUUGCUGGGCCAUGUGGACAUGAGAA